AUGGCUCGCUACGUGUUGUUCUUUGCUUUAUCCUUCACGCUCGCGUGGUGUUUCCAAACUGCGUCGGCUCGCUUCGUCGUCGAGUCGCACAGCCUGAUUAUCAAUUCCCCAGACAAGAUCCGCGGCGAGUAUCUCAGCGCCAUAGCUAAUUUCGGUAUCCCGCAGUACGGCGGCUCGCUGCAGGGCUCGGUGGUGUACCCAGCGAAAUCGAACGACAUGUGCAAGCCGUACAAGGGGAACGAUCUCGCGACAAAGGCCGGCGGCAUGCCAAAUAUCGUCCUCGUUGACCGCGGAGGUUGCUAUUUCACAGACAAGGUGUACAACGCGCAGGAGGCGGGCGCGUCCGCCGUGAUCGUUGCGGACGACAAGGACGAGAAUCUCCUCACCAUGGAUACUCCCGAGGACGAUCCCGACGCGGCGCGCAUGGUCGACAAGAUCACGAUUCCCUCGGCGCUGGUCCAGAAAUCGACGGCGGAUCUGAUUAAGAAGGGGCUCAAGAGCGGCCCCGUGAUGGUUUCGCUGGACUGGCGGGAAGCGCUGCCGCAUCCGGACGAGCGCGUGGAGUACGAGUUUUGGACCAAUAGCAACGACGAGUGCGGGCCGAAGUGCGAUGACCAGGCGGAGUUUCUAGACGCGUUUAAGGGCUACGCGAUAAUGUUAGAGCAGGGCGGGUACACGCUGUUCACGCCGCAUUACAUCACCUGGUACUGUCCGGAGGCGUAUCUGGAGAGCCGGCAGUGCAAGACGCAGUGUAUUAACGCUGGGAGGUACUGCGCGCCGGAUCCCGAGGAGGAUUUCGACGUGGGGUAUGACGGGAAGGACGUGGUGGCGGAGAAUCUGAGGCAGCUGUGCGUGCACCGCGUGGCGAACGACACGCACGGGUCGUGGCUGUGGUGGGACUAUGUGACGGAUUUUAAGAAGCGGUGCCGCAUGGCGGAUAAGACGUACGGGCCGGAGUGCGCGGAGAGCAUCAUCACUGCGCUUGGGCUGGACGUGGCGAAGGUGCGCGAGUGCAUGGGCGAUCCCACCAAAGACCAGGACAACCCCGUGCUCAAGGCGGAGCAGGAGGCGCAGAUUGGCACGGGCGACCGUGGCGACGUGACUAUCCUGCCCACCGUGAUUAUCAACAACAAGCAGUACCGCGGCAAGCUGGACUCCAAGGCGGUGCUGAAAGCCGUCUGCUCGGGCUUUAAGGAGACCACCGACCCUCCUGUGUGCCUUGGAGCAGAUGUGCAGACGAACGAGUGCUUGUCGAAUAAUGGUGGCUGCUGGCAGGGCUACAACCUCACUGCAUGCAAGGACACCUUCCGAGGGCGCGUGUGUGAGUGCCCCAAGGACCCGCAGACUGGCGUGUACCUGUCGGGCGAUGGCUACACCAAGUGCGAACCCACUGGAGUGGGUCGCUGUCUUGUCAACAACGGCGGCUGCUGGCAAGGGGCUGGGGAUGGCCAAACCUUCACUGCCUGCCAGGACAGCUCGUCGACCCAGUGUGUGUGCCCGCCGGGGUUCAGGGGCGACGGGUACAAGUGUGAGGACAUAGACGAGUGCUCGGAGCACUACGCGUGCAGCUGCGUGGACUGCCAUUGCAAGAACACGUUUGGCUCAUACGAGUGCUCGUGCUACAACGGGCUGGUUUACCUCAAAGACUCGGACACGUGCAUCAGCAAGGAGGGAGGCACGCCUCCCACGAGGCUGUGGGGAAUGGUGGCGGGCAUCGUGUUGGGCUCACUCGUUAUUGUAGCGAUCGUGGCUUAUAUCGUGUACAAGUACCGUCUCAGGUCGUACAUGGAUUCGGAGAUUCGAGCUAUCAUGGCGCAGUACAUGCCGCUGGACAGCCAGAACGACCAGCAGGUGGCACGACAGCCCAUGCUCAACAACGAUGAUGAGUUCUCCGCCGUGAAUCCCGAGAAGGCUGCAUGGCUUAGCGCGCAUCGCGCUGGAGGUUGUCUCGAGGGAGCUUGCGAUCACCCAUGCCCUCGCCAUGCCCACACCGUGCCCCUCGCCCGCGGCACAGGGUCAUGGGUGAUGGCAUGGCUGUUCCGGUCCUCGCUGCCGUGUCCGCGCGUACCUCUGUCGCUCUGUCACGCGCUCAUUCCCCGUGCUGCUUCGCUGGCGCAGAGGAAUGCUGCGCUGGAGUUAUCUGUUAGAGGGCCCUAUUGCGCUGUUAUCCUCUGGGUCUUUGCCAAUCUCGAAGCAUCAUCCAUCGGCUUUGCCACGGCAUCAACCCUCGCUGCCUCCCUCGUCGGCUCGUUCGUCGCAGCAGCCGGGGCAGCUGCGCUUGGAGCUUCGGCCGGACCUGUAUCAGCCGCGGCAGCUGCCGGAGCUGCAGCCUCGGGAGCCCUGGGCGCCCAGGCCUCUACCGGGGAAGGUGCACCUGGGGAAUCAGCAGCCGCCAUGGCUUCUUCUCCUCGCACCGGUCGAUAUUUCUUUGAGGAGCUGCUCAAGAAUGAAGCGUUUCACACCACGCGAGUUGCAGAUCUAGCCGGCUCGUUCCGCUGGUCGCCCUUUGUGUAUCUCAAGCCGUCCGACACGCUUCUCACGCUCUUCCUCCUCAUGUCCAAGUAUGCCAUCCGCUCCGUGCCAGUGCUGCUGCCCGGCCCUGAGUCGGCGAUAUCGACGGUGAUCACCCAGUCUGCUGCAGUGGGCUUCCUGUGCGAGUGUGACGGCAUGCCUUGGUUUAAUUCCAUCGCUGACUGCUCGCUGGCUGAGCUGGGACUGCCGCUGAUGCAACCUGAAGAGCUUGUCAAGGUUGAAGAUGAUGCAGCAGUCACAGAACCCUUCCGGCUGAUGAUGGAGCACGACAUAGGAGGAGUGCCCGUGGUGGCCAAGGGAACCAGCCGCCUCGUCGCCAACAUCAGUGCGCGCGACAUUCUGCACCUCGUGGGCACACCGGAGAUUUUCAAGCGUCGUCAAGAGCAGUCCUUCACAGUGCGUGAUUUUAUAGAAGCAGCGAAUGAACCAAUCUCGUCAGCAACAGAAGUCAUUUGGCCGAGUGAGGUUGGUUGGAGAGGAGUGAGGUUGGGUGGAGAGGAGAAAUUGGGUGGAGAGGACCGAGGAGGGGUGGAGAGGUUGAGAGGUGUGACGCAGCAGGAGGUGGUAGGGGUGGUGAAUUUACGUGACAUCAUUGGCAAGUUCGCUACUGUGCCGCCUGACGUUGCCCUGGCCGCUGGUGCUGACAUCGGCAGGGGUGGGGAGGAGUAA